AUGGAAUGCGAUAUAGUUUCUCAAAUUGUCCUCAGCAGAAAGGCCUCUAUUUUAUACGACUUGAUGAUUGGAGAUGAUAUGUUGAAUAUGCGAAAGUUAAAUCGUUCAAUGAUUACAUCGUUAGCCAAAGGUGAUUUUGCGACAACACACGAUGAAAAAGAGCUGGAAGGAAAUAGCCAAGUAGAGAACCUCGGAUCAUCAAGAAAGCCUGGACUCCACGUGAAGGUCAAACUGGUCGAUGAUCUUUGGACGCUUGACCCAAACGAUCCAAAUUUGCCUAUUCAUCUUAUUGUCGUCACACAUGGAAUCUUCUCAAACCUUACAGCAGAUAUGCUUUAUUUGAAAGAGCAAUUAGCUUCUUUGGACGACAAUUUAGUCGUUACUGGUUACCGUGGGAACGCAGGACGCACAGAAAAAGGCAUACAUAAGCUUGGUGUGGGUGUUUCCUUUUUUGUCACUGAUGUGAUAGAUCAGUUGGAAAAAAAAGGUCUUAAAAUAGCUAAGAUAAGCUUCGUUGCGCAUUCGUUAGGUGGGCCAGUUCAGCUCUAUGCGUUAAAGCAUGUAUUACUGGUCAAGGGUCAAGACUAUUUUUCCAAGAAGGGCAUCCUGCUACAACAUUUUGUUUGCAUUGCGAGUCCAAUGCUUGGUGUACUUAGCGAGAUGAGCCUUUGGAUCUCGUGGUUUCUCGAUCUAGGCACCUUGGGCAAGACUGGUAGAGACUUGACACUACUGAAGAAGCUUCCGCUGUUUAGAAACGAGAAUUCGAAUUCUAAGAAGAAUAAUUUUAAACCUAUCUUAGAAACAUUACCGGACGAGCCUAUUCAAUCACUUCUUCGUCUGUUCAAACUGCGCACCGUUUACGCCAAUGCUUACAACGACGGAAUUGUUCCCCUUCGAACAAGUUCACUUUUGUACUUAGACUGGGGUGCAAUGGGGGAUGUUUCGGAUCUCAGAGAUCAUCCGGAACAUCUUAGAGAUCACUCCCUCAGGGAAAGUACGAGCCACGUAAGUACGGAGACAAACGCUCUGGGCCACGACGUAAGCGCAGUUCCAUACGAAAGGAAGGGUGUUGUCCUCAACAACAAAGCUUUCAAAGACUAUAGUGAAAGUCGCACGCCCUUUGGCGACGAGGAUUUGGGACAAGCUAGUGACACUAGCUCAGCCCUGCCGUUGGAUAUGCUUUAUCGAAAACGAAUAUCGAAAAAGGCUAAGUGGUACUCCAGAAUUUCUGCGAAGGGAACGGAUUCGUCACUCACUGAUGACACUGACGGAUAUCUGCGUUGUGAGGACGACGAAUCUGUUGAGUACAAUAUUCCACCCAAGGCCUCCGCUGUGGAGUCUGCAUUGAACACUUUGAUUUGUCCUGUCCCUUCACGAAGGUUCAUAACAUCUCCCCAAGAAAGGACACCAGUAAUCUUUCAUGAUCGUUUCUAUCACUUCAGUAACAUUCCCCGUGGGUCUUCAUCGAAUGUUGGAACUUUUAAAAGAUUAUUUAGAUCUAAGGAAUGGAAAUUGGAGAAACAAGUCAGAAUAGCACGCAAAUAUCAUUCUGAUGGUCUAAAUUGGAGGAAGGUGUUGGUAUACUUGCCUCCUGAUGCUCAUAACAACAUUGUUGUAAGGCGAAGAUUCGCUAACGGUUACGGCUGGGGCGUUGUUGACCACAUAAGAGACCAAAUCUUUGAAGAGCCAAAAUUAGCUCCAAAGAUCUAA